CAAUGCUUUAUGAAAUUGAAAUAGUUUAGAAAUGAGAGGCUGUGUCCGAAAAAUAAUAAAUUGAAAAACUGAAAAAAUGUUCAGAUGAGGAAAAAAUUUGUAAUGAGGGAACCGCAUUGCUCGCAAGGCAACAUCGACGUAGACAUAAUUGAGUCAAAGUUAAAUUCAGUGAGCGUUAGGGUAAAAAACGUGGGUAAAUGUUAUAUUAUUUUGCAAUAGGUGAGCUUUUGAAGUUGAAGGGAAGUGAAAUUAAAUAAUUUUGAUGGAAAACUUCUUGUUUUCGUUUAAAUGAGUGAAAUAAUCAAAACUCUGAUAAAGCGAUAUUAAAAUAAAAAGUAUUGUGACUAUAUCGCAACGGAUAAAACAGGAUAUGAGCAACGCAAUGUCCGAUUCAGAGAUGAGUGCUUCUGGUGGUGCACUCGAAGAUAGCGAUACGAAUUCUAGCAGCAGUUCUAGUAUGAGCUCUUCAACUUCUAGUUCAGACGUGAAUGAUUCGCUGUUGGAUACACUUGAACUAGCUAAAAUCACACACGAAGUGAUACGUUUGCCUCGAGGUUUAUGUGAAAAUAGGAAAAUCUUCCAAGAGUUUUUUUCAGUAGAAACAUGGAAUAAUAUUCCUGAAUUGAUUCGAGCAAGUGUGGAGAGACAUUUACCGGAUUUCACCAAUAUACUUAGUCCUGAAGAGACAUCUCUGGAGAUACGGCGAACUUUAUCAAUGCUUUUCAAUGAAGAAUUAAUGCGAUUUGGUCACUCUCCUCUUUGUGACUUGCAACAAGAAUUGGAAGGUGGAAAUUUUAGGCCUGACGUUUUACGUCUACGCCAAAACAUUUCAAAAUCUCGUCGACGUGAACAACGAUUUCAAAGAUGUGAACGGGUUAGUCAACUAGCAAAAGAAUUGUUCUUGUCUAGAGAACGCUUGUUGCGAACUGCUUACAAAUCAUCCCCAAAUAGUAUACUUCGGACAGAACGUAAUACAAAGCGCGAACAAAACACGUUCCAUGCUGACACAAAAUUAUGUUCUGUACGUUGUCGAAAACGUGUUCGAAAAGAAUUGGAUCAUAUAACAGAUCAAUUGGGUAUUAAAACAAAUGACUUAAGUGCUGAUGAAGAGGACGGUUCCUCCGUUGAAACUAUUACAGAUGACAGUUAUUGCAAUUUGAAGUCUGAAAUACCAUCUGUUUUGAAAUUACCGGCUUCUGGUUCUGAUCGCUUAAUUUUCAGUACGUUAUUUAAGCGAAGAAAAAAUCUGUCUGAUGAAGAUGUGAUACGCAGUGACCAGAAUACGAAACAAUAUAAAUUAUCAAAUAGAAAUUUUAGAUCGUAUAUACGGGAACACAAGAGACGAAAAAUUACAGAGCCGACUUUACCAGACUUUGAAACAUCCGAUAUACGAUUGCGAGAUGUGUGUGCAAGGGCACAAUUGGGUGGAAAUUUUAAACAACUUUUUGGCGCGAGCAAACUUAUCGGAAGAAAAUCGAAACCUAAACUUGUAUCUUAUUGUGAUCCUCCAGCAUUAGUACCAAUUACGACUAAUGAUACAUAUGCUGGCACAUCUGGAAAGAAAGAAAUAGAGAUCAAAUUAGAUAAUAAUUCGGCUGAGACAAUUUCAAAAAACCUAAAAGAACCACAGGGAGAACAAUUUCAACAGCGUUUAUCGGAACAUUCAAAUGGCACUAUGCAGCAUCCAUUUCUUCCUGAAGAUGGUGCUCCAUUUAAUAUACUGGAUGGAGAAGUUGAACUUCAACAAGAAGAAGUUGAGACCUAUGGUAGCUGCGAGGAGGGUUUACCAAGCUUCGUAAUUUCAAACGAAGUGGUUUUACCCACAAUUGAACCGACUGAAGUGCCUCCACAUAAACUUUUGCAAACUCCCCAUAAGGAAGACGCUAGUAGCGUUGACUUUCAGGGUAAAUAUCCGUUGGCAGAAAAUAUUGGAGCAAGUACUUCAGCUGAACACAAUAUACCCAAGUUAGAGUCUAUAUUUUCAAAAAUGAACAAAACACCUGUCAAAGAAAAAGCCCGAUCAAAUUUAAAUUGCAAUGCAACAAAUAUUUUGUCUUCAACCGGAGCAGUUGUAACACCAAUAAAAAGACAAAAUCAACCAAUGACUUCACCACCGAAAAGUAAUAAUCCAACGAUUCUUAGUGAAUCAACUGAACUAAUACAGGAGACUCAUGCAUGCUUCUUUUCGCUUAUACGUGAUUUGUUUUGUGCUACACCUCAUCACCGAAUGCAAUACAAUGAACUACGUAUGCGUAUCGAUGUUUGGCUACGGAAUCCUAUUACUGCUUUAAAUGAUUGGUAUGCUCAGUCUGAUAACUGGUCAGCACUAUUAACAUCUGCUAUAAAUUUUUUGGCUGGAGACUUUUCCGAUCAACCAGACGAAUAUGUUCCAUAUUUGGAAUUCAAAUCCCAACAAAAUAUUUUUCAGUGGAUAGGAGCGGGUCGAGAUUCUGACACCCGCCUUUCUAAAUUGUGCUUUUAUUGGUUGCAACGUCGGGAAAUUUCGGAUAGAGCCCCGACAGCUAUUAGCCAAGUAAUCACAGCUGAUGCUAAGGAAUCUUCAAAUAAUAUUAAAAUAAAUAAUACCACUCACCCGUCUAACGAAAUAGACGAUACUCCAGUAGCAUUUGAUGGUGGUGUAUCGCCACCCCCUCCACCACGCUGUCCUACAACAUGGACGGUUUGUGCAGCUACGCCCGAGGAAAUUGUUGAGUUCCAACGACAGGAACGUGAACGUUUUGAACAACCGCAUCGCGCCUACACUUACCGUAUGCAUGAUUAUGAAAGUGUUGUCGGCCCAGUGAAAGGAAUAUACACACAAAUGUAUGCUUUAACCAAGGCCCGUGGACAUAGUAUGAUGAUUGGAAAUCGUCCAAAUUUUGUCACCAUUUUAACAUUAGUUCGUGAUGCAACCGCUCGUUUACCGAAUGGUGAAGGCACUCGAGCCGAUAUUGCCGAACUGCUUAAGAGCUCUCAAUAUAUAAACUUGAAGGAAGGUGAAAAUGUUCUGCAAACAACGGUCAGCGGAGCUUUGGAUCGCAUGCACACAGAACAUGAUCCAUGUGUGCGUUAUGAUCCGAAGCGUAAAAUUUGGAUCUAUCUGCACCGAAAUCGAAGCGAAGAUGAUUUUGAAAGAAUACAUCAGCAAAGUCAGGGGGUAGGAAAAUCCAAAAAAGUAGUACAUCGUAAAACUAAAACAAAGGUCGCAAUAGGCAAACCAACUUCAGAACUUAAUGAUUCAAAUUCUGGUCUAAUUACAUGUGAGGAUGAGCCUAAUGGAGGAGCUAUGAGCACAGCAAGCACAAACACAAAAGUUAGCGCCGCUUUUUCGAUGCCUGCAUUAGUACCAGCAAACCCAAUCAUUGUUAGUAGUCAAAGUGCCAUAACGCAACAGAAAAUUCCCCUUGUUAUAACUAAACCAUCGGUGAAUCGUUCGCUCCCUGUCCCACCAUUAAAGUACAACAUACCGCAUCAACAGCAGAAAUCUUUACUUAAAACAACUGUACAAUCCCAGUCGCAACGACAUCAAGAGCAUCGACAGAUCAAUAACAAUGGUGGUAUUGAUACGCAAGUCCCUCAACUCCAAAGAAUGCAACAACGCAUGGCAAUUCUUCCAAAAAAUACAACUGUAACUGAUGUGGUUUCCGAAGAAAAUCAAGUCAAUAAACAGUUAACUUUAUCUAUGUCACCAAUCAAGUCCAAUUUAACAACAUUAACAACGGGAAAUGUCAACUCUACACCAAUCAUUGUUGCUACACCAUCUGGUCUUCAAACAGUACACGUUUCCAAUGCGACAGUUGUUACAUCGUCAACAGGUGCAUCCGUUUCACUAGCAUCACAACAGCCUUCAUCUCUUAGUGCCACUUUCAGUGGCAAAAAAGUGGCGUUAAAUAAGCCUAUUAUUAUCAAUCAAAUAAAGAGUCAGCCUACAUUAAGCGUGACAUCGCAAACUAGAUCUACUUCACAGCAAGUGCUUAAACAACAAAAUAUAGUUUAUACGCAGCAACAACAGAAGCAUACACAAGGUUUCAUCAUUCCGAUCAGCAUGUCAAAUUCAAUUUCGAAUGUCACUGACGUUGAAGCUCCCAAUAUAAUGACCAAAGAAACAAAUUUGCGAAGCCUACCACUUUCAUCAAUUUCCACGGAUGGUUCCACCACGAUUUACAUGGAUAACACGAAGUUAGUUUCUGGUGUGGAAACUUUGUCACCAGAACAAGUACAACAAAACAAAUCUCAUGGAAAAAAUAUCAUUCGAAUUGUGCCAAGUAUCAGUGGCGGUGGAGUAAAAUCAAUUUUGCAAUCUGCAUCAACUGGAACGGUUGUUACUUCCAGAAAACCUCCUGUUCAUGUUAUCGGUCAUCGUGUUGUGACGGGAGGUGGUGGGAUCGGAACAGCCCGGGUUCAAACCCCACAAACCAAAUCCUUGAGUAAUAUAUCGCUUAUGAGUAGUAGUAGUGGCACGCAAACUUUUGGCGUUUCAUCGAUGGUUUCUGCAGCUGGCGGCUCUACACUUAUAAAAAUGUCUCCACAUACAUUUGCAAGUUUGCAACACAAGCAAAAUCAGCAGAUUGUUGUGAAGAAGUCUUCACCCUUAUCGCCGGUAUCGAAUCCGCAACAUCGUGUCAUUGACAAGUCUACACUUUUAAAAAAUAGUGCUGUUGUUCCUCAAUCUGGUAGUCUAAAUACACAACCAAUAGGUAAAAAAGUUUAUAUGCAGCAAACAUCAAAUUUAGGAAUUGUUCACAAAACCGUUGUUAGUGGAGCUGCAUCUGUUGGUUCACAAACCUCUUCAACGUCAUCGUUAGCGGAAAAAGUACAUACUAUAAAUACAACAAAUCUUACUUCUCAACAACAGAGAACUCUUCUUCAAAACAUAAAGCAACAACAAAGCAUCCAAUUAAAGUCCGUUCAUGUCGUUUCCAGUGAUUCAACGACCACAUGCACACAAUCACAAAUUAAUCAAGCUGUUUCGCGUGCUCAACCCUUGACGGUAGCAACUAGCGACGUUGUAGUUGGACAUCAAGCGAACAAUAAGGCUCUAGCUGUGAUGGUUUCGCAGGCCCAAGGCCUCCCACGUAUAUUAAAGGCUGGUUCGACGAAUUCACAGCCUCUGCAGCAACAGCAAACUAUGACAAUAGCUGCUAGUGACAAUUCCGUAGGUACAACAGCGAGUGGAACUCGUAUUCUCACCACUUCCACUGGCCAAAUAAUAUCACUGGAGAGUUUGUUACAAAAGCAAAGUAGCAAUAUUUCAGUGAAAACAAACCUAAGUGGCGGUGUUGGCGCAAUAGUUAAAAAUGUUCACACAUCCAAUAUUUCACAGCAACAACAGCCCCAACUUGUAACAUCAACCGGGAAUACAAAUACAUAUACCGUUGUAUCACAACCAAGAAAUGUUAAUGCAUAUCGUCCUGCGACAACGCAAACAACUGACGGCGUGAAUACGGGAACAAAAACCACACUUGUAAGCGGAGGUACUGGACGAAUCUUCGUAUCGGCUGGCGGACAAAUGACUACACCUCAGAUAACCAAAGUACUCGGCAAAGCUGGAGUGACCACGGCUUCAUUAACUAAUGCAACGGCAGGGGGCAAUAUACGUGUAAUCAAAAAUACGUCUAACAUUGGAAGUGUUUCAAAUAGUUUUAAUGUAACUAGCCUACAAGGUAAACAAGUGGUUUUCGCUGCAAAGCCUUCUACAAAUAUAGCUAAACAUGUUGGAAGCUCAGCACAAGUACAACAGAUUCCUACUGGUGUAGUAAUUGGUGGACAAACGUUAAAAUUACAGCGAAAUGUGCAACAAAAUAAGAUAGUUAAUUCAACGUCCACAAAUAAUGGUAGUAACAUUGGUGUUACUGCUACUCAUCAAGGAGCUCAAAUGCAAACUGUAAUAAUGGGAAAUCAAAUAUUGCGAGUUCAACAGAUGCAAGCAUCAGGGAAAACUGUAGGUUCAAAUGGACCGACAGUUCAACAACGUAUAGCAAACCUAUCGGUAGGAAAUCUAGUUACCGGUUCUGCAAUAACAGGGGUUUCGGGUGUAAAUAACGGGAAUGAGUCAGGCAACAAUGCGACUACGAUGAACUUACCAAAGACUGUAGUGCUCGGUUCUAGCGGGCAGACAAUACGGUUGCAACAGCCGCAACAAUCGGUUCCAAUGACCCAUCAAUUGCAGCCCUCUACACAGAUUUCAACACAGUCACAAACGCAGCUAGUCUCUGUUAAGAAUUCAUCUCAACAGGGCGUGAAAGCAUCAAAUGUUGGACGUGUGGUAUUAGCUGUACAGGGCGGUGGACAAAUAUUCCUUUCGCCAAAUUUUCAAGGCAAUACGUUAAACCUGAAAACACUACAAAAUAUGAAAGUGGUUUCCUUAGCAUCACAUACAGGGACUGCUGUGAACAUUUCAAAUCAGAGCGAGGACAAGUCAAAUGCCGCAACGCAGAACUGUGGUAGCAGUAACUCUUAAAAGAGAGCGCUAUUAUUAGGAAUCUUGUUUUGUGCAUGAAUUUGAAAAAUGAAAAAAAAAAACUUACAAAAAGAUUUGUAUAUACAAGACAUCUUAUAAACUUAAGAAACCAUUAAUUAGUAAUCGACAUAAUAGCUAAAAUACAUAUAAUGUACAAGCAA